AUGGAUGCAACAUCGAUGAAAAGUUAAUAUAAAAAUAUAUUUGUUGCAUCUUAUAAAGCUACCUAAAAUACGUUAUCAGGCAUAGAUCAUGCUAAAUAUUGGCAGUUAAAAAGAAUUGAAAACAUUAGUGAAGUUGCAAAUUCUUGUAACUUGCUUUUCUCACAAAAAGUAAGAAUUUUUUUUAACUCAAAAUGA